UCCUCCCUGCAUUUCUGCUCGGAAUGUAACAACCUCCUAUACCCGAAAGCGGACCAGCAGCGCCGUAUAAUGGUCUACGCCUGCCGUAUCUGCCCUUACGACGAGAUUGGCGAGAACAAGUGUGUAUACAGGAACGAUUUGCUGACCGUGACCAAGGAGCAGAUGGGUGUAGUGACAGACUUGAUGAAUGACCCGACGCUGGCGCAUGCCGAUAUGCCGUGUCCAAAAUGCGGAAAUGAGGAUGCCGUAUAUUUCCAAGACCAGUCGAAGCGGAAGGAGACGCGCAUGAUACUGUUUUACGUGUGCACACGGUGUAACCACUCGUUUACGGAUCCGUCUGUCACUCGACAAGAUCAAGAGUAGUGCAGGUGGGCCAUGGGUUGGGGGACUUGUGGUCCUUACAUGCGAGCCCCGAGAGAGGAUGGGUCUUUUAGCCCGGCAUUAUCGCUGUUCAUGUAUCAUAGUCAAUCCUCUGAGUAUAUCACCUCACUGCUAAUACAUUUCUGGAGUGCGGCUCUC